AUGACUCAUUUCAACUGGCUAAUUUGCGAGUCAAAGACCGUGAAUUCCAUUACUCUAACUUUGAUUCGAUCCAAGAUUCCAAUAUGUCAACGAUAUCUCCCUAGAAAUAAAUUAAACAGGAAGCACGUCCUAGGGUACUAGAGAGCUAACCUCGCUAAUCGUUAGGAGAACCGUUGCAAACAAAUCUAGACUCAUUAAAACGACAGAGGUAUGGUCGUCCAAACACUAAUAAGUAAAUAAUUGCCCCUCCCAUCAACUGCUGCAACAUCAAACAUGAAUCAGCUUAUGGUUAUUAAUGAACAUUCCAACAUUAAUGGUAGACUUAGUGGUAUGUAACCUGGAUUAGAUUCUUCACUGUUGUAAAGUGACAUUAGUUAAAAAAGUUAUCUCUAAAAGUUCAAUAAAUAAAAUAUGGCUGAUUCAAGCUUCUAGACAAACAAUGGAAAUUAUGAAAACACUUCUAACUUAAUUAAUAUGACACAGUUCUAAGACGAAUUCGCUCCAUUUUAGUUAGAUUCAACGAAGCACAGCAACUUGAAUGAAGAUAGCUAAAUCUUUUCAAGUUAAUUUGCUGAAAUCAAAACUGGAUUAUCUUCUGGUGUCUCACCAGAUAAAAAAUAAAAGUUAACUUAUAAAGACUAAUCUCAAAAUCAAAUACAAGCAAGAGAUAAAUAAAACGUUAAACUAAAAAAGAGGAGGCAUCAAACUGAACCUAAUUCUCCUAUGGAUUAAUCAAAUGAUGCACAAAAUACUGUAAAUGGGUCUUAGAAUCCAAAUAAAGCUAUUAUUAUGAACGGCUAAAUAGUAAUAGGCCGUGAGAUGCCAAUUAGAAUGUCUGGAAAUAAGCUAAAUAUCGUUAGAAAUCCCUAACAGCAGAAUGGUGCAGUUGGAUAGAAAACCAAUAAGAGAAAAUAGCAAUAACAAGAAUCCUUAAUGAAGUUGAAUAACUCACUUGAGGAUUAGUAGAGCGUAGCUGAUUUUUUUAAUGCAGCUCAUCAUAGAUAGGAACCACCUGAAAAUCUUUAUUCUCCUCAGACAGAUGAGAAGAAUUCCAGUUUUCUGCCUAGACUUGAUGUGAAUCACCGUUAUUCUAAUUCAUAAGUAUAAUAUCGAGAGCCUAGCGAUUUCAACAGAAAUGAUAGUAAAGAUAAAUCAGACAUGUCUUUACGCUAGAAUCCUAAUUCUUGGAUUAGCGAAAGCCUAAAUUCAUCAUCAAAGAAGAAUUCGUACUCAGUUGACAGGAAAAACUUACAACCUCAAAUUUAAGUUAACUAUACUGUUAACGAUUUCAAUCAAAGUGGUAGAGGUCCACAUAUCAAAUAACCAAAAAGAGAUAAGGCUAAAGCCUAAAAUUACAAUACUUCAACUCAUUUGUAUAGUGAGAUAUCGCCAUAAAAUAACAAUUUGAAAGAAUUUUCUGAGCUUUACUCCUUGAAAAAUGGAAUUGGUAAAAUUCAGCCAGUUCCAGAAAUUAAGACCUAAUUUAACGAACAAGUGAUUAGAGGUAAAAUUUAUAGAGACAAAUUAUUAAAUUCUGAAACACCUUAGAAAGUAGACCUGACACUGAUAAGCCUCGGGAAAAGUGGAAACUUACCACAUAGUGAAAUAGUUUCCCCGUCUAAUGUUGUUGGCAGUCCCUUAAACUAUCAAUUCGAACAAAAUAGGCCAGCCUAAAAUGAUGGAAACGACAGCAAAAUGUCGAAGACUAGAAUGCUAAAUGUAAAUAAUUCUCUCUAAAUUCAAUAGAUGUCUGAAUUGUCUGAGGACUUCAACAUGCUAAAUGAUAAGAUUCAGAAUGCUCAGACAUAGUUCCAGUAUAGAAACUAUUCAAUUUCACAGGGAUCAUCUAAAUAAGAAGCACAUGAGAGAUUCCAUUAGCAAGUUCCCCAAUUCAAUACAAUUGAGGAUGUUGUACGUUCGAGCAAGGAUAAUUUGCAGCUUCUUAAGUCAGGAUAAAUUAACCUCCUAGAAUCAUCAUAAUCCAAUAAUUACCCAGCUUAUUUAGAGGAUCCUAAUUUAAGCCUUGAAAAGUAGAGCAUUAACUCUAAAGUCCCUGUAUCCUUGUACUCUGGGGCAGGCAUCGACAAUCAAAUGAAUGCAUCUUCUCUGAAUCUCCAAAAGCAGUUUCAUCACACGAUUAAAACUGUAGCUUCAAAGUAAAUGCCCAAAUGCUUCCGCAUGAGCAAACACCAGCUCUAAAUAAUCUAAAGAUAAAACUUCAAGAACUCAGGAAACUCUUCUCACAACAGCAGCAAUAAGAUGUUCGUACUGGACAAUAUUCAGAAUAGUCAGAAUAAAUUUGACCACACUUUUGUAAUUAUGAAAUAGACCCAAGCUAACCAACGCAGUGCAUCUAAUGACGCCCGUGUAAGUUUUAGUCAUGAAAAUGCAAAUAACCCACAAUAUCAAACCAUUCAAAGAAGUAAGAUUGAUUUUUAGACACCUGUGAGACAGUCAAAUAAAUUUUCAUCGAAUAUAUUCAACGAAGAUAAUUAUCCCAGCCACAACAGGUAGUCGACAGAUCGAUUAGAUAUAGAUAAAGAGAGGAUGACACCUGCAUUUAAUGCGAGGUAAAGUUAUAAUACACGACCAGUAUGA